AUGUCAUUCGCACAGAAGGACGCAGCUAUCGUGGAGCAGAAACGCGAAGUCGGCGACCUCAGGACUCAGAACACAGAGCUCUCAUGCGGUCUUCACGAAGAGAUUAACAAUCGCAAACUAGCAGUCGUGUGUGCCGAAAAUCUCACAAGACAGAAUGACAUUCAAGUUAAGAAGGUCAUGACGCUCAGCAGUAGGGUUACCGAGCUCGAGAAUGAGUUGGCUCAAGAGAAAGACAAGCACAUCGCAGAUAAAGGCGCGAACGAGAAGUUGCGUAGUAUCACGGAAAAAUGGAAUUCUACUCGUGCUUGGGAAUGGCUGGACAAAAGCGAGUUGCGAAUUACGGAACCUGACGCUGAGUACAAGGCGCACGCUGCUGUCGCAAGAUCGUCACUCACCGCGUUGAUCAAAGACCUGAGGGCGCAGGAGCGACAGGUCCUCAGUCUAAGCAGCGCGCUCGAUAAAGAGCGGUUGGAGCAUGAGAAGCAUAUUGAAGACCUAGAAACAACUCAAGCGAAAGAGCUCGCGACCGUCAAUGAGAAUCACGAUCGCCAGCUUGCGCAGAUCGAAGUGCGUCACAGUGAAGAGCUCACGCGCGUCAAGCUGUGGUGUGUGAUGAACCAACCAAGACCAAAUGAGUUAUCGCGAGUCCUCGAACGGCAGCGGAGGUCAGCAUUGGAAGCUGAGGUGGAGAAGACAAAAGAAAAGGCGGAGAUGCGACAUAGUUGGCAAGAUGCUAGAAUCCAGGAACUGGAGCGUGAGAACGACCAAGUCAAGCAUCAACUGGCAAACUUGCAAAGGGAUUCACAAUGGAAGAACUGGAUGAAGACAAUAAUGUCAUAA